CCUCAUAUGUAUGUUGCAGUAUUGUGAUAUUUAACAAGCAGGCAUUACGAAUUAGGGAUUUAAAAUGGAAGAACCAACGGCAAAGAGAAUUCGUAAAACUUCUACCGGAUUCGAAAAUAACACAGUGGAAAGCUAUGAAAAUCCAAUGGAUUCGAAUAUUUACCUAAACUAUGACAUUUUGAGAAUUGUCUUUAGGUAUUUAAAUGUUAAGGAAUUAGAAAGAGCCGCGAUGGUUUGCAGGUUCUGGUUAAAAGCUGCAAAUCAUGAAAAAUACACAAGAGGUCCUGAUUGUUUUAUAGAACAUCACCUACAUUUUACAGAUAAAACACGUUUUAUCGAAAAAUCAAGGAUUAAACCAACUAUAGGAUUUUUUUUUAUACCGUACAAAACACUGUAUGGUAUACAUGAACUGAUAAUAAAAAUACUACCAUCAAAUUGCAGUGCCGUAAUGCUUUAUACUUUCGGCACAAUUAUAAAUGAAAGACUAGAACUAAGUGAUGAUACAAGAGUUGAUGAUACAGAAUUUCGAAACAUAGUAUGUGCACUUUUGCCAGAAAUUGCAGAUGUGAAAAUCAAUAGCUUAAUUCUAUGUACAGAAUAUAAGCAGCCAGGCAGUUUAUUAGUUCCGUCUGAGCUUUUAUUAGAAUUCCAAAAUCAUGUAAGGAAACUUAUUGAUAUGAUAAAAGAAACACCUAUCCCAAAUCAGGACGAGUCUACGUGUUUCAUAUACUUAUGUAAUGACUUGUGUAAUGAAUUUAUUCAUUUGUCAAAACCUUUGCUCAAGGCUGUGCAAGAAUACAGUGGAAUAGAUAGAAUAACUUCUGUAUGGGGUGGUGUAAUGAAGUGGCCUCUAUCAACUGCAUGUUUUAGAGUUGUUCUAAUUACUGGUUCGAUACAAUCAUGGUCUGUAGUUGUAGACGGAAGAUACACAACAGAGGAGCAAGUUACAAAAAAAUUAAGAUUAUUUAAGAACCAAGUAAAAUUAAAGAAACAUUCCGUGGGAUUUAUAUUCUCAUGUUUGGACCGUAAAAAUGUGCUCGAAAAACCAGACUCAACGAUAUUCAAGACAUUAUUUCCCGAAGUAUCGCUGGUUGGUUGUUUUGACGACAAGGCGGUCGGAAAAAAUACAAUGGACCACGAAAUGGGGAGCAGAAGGGACUGGGAGAUCGACGAACAGACGACCACAUUUAUGCUACUUACGUACGGUUGAUGCUUUGAAAGAAGAUGCGUAUGGAUGUUUGUACUACGAUUAUUUUUUGUCGAUUAUUUUUUCAUUUGCGCGUUGUUAAAUUUUAACUAGAUCUCUCUCUUUCUUUCUCUAUCGCACUGGUCUUUUUCUCAUUUAUAAUUAUACAUAAACAAUGGCGCUUACAUUCAUAAAGUAAAAACAUACAGCAUGAUGAAUCUUAUCUCUAUAGCAAUAAAUCUAAAUAUAGAGAUCAUACUUUAUUUUUAAAUGCGUUCUAUGAGUGUUUUGUACAAGUUCUAAUAGACGUCGCUGUCGGAAGAUUAAAUGUAAUAAUAUAUUAUUGUUCGUAUACUAUGAGCACAUAUUUUGUAUUUUGUUGUAUUACAUAUUUUAUUUAUUCCGUUUUUAUUACGUUUUGUGAUAUGCAUGUUAUAAACGAUUAUAUGCGUAUUAUACCGGACGGAUGAUCCAAUGUAAUCUGCCUUGAUUAAAGUACGUAUAUCAGAAAACGCAAAUGCAAAUA